AUGCCUGCUAUGUCCAAGAUCGCCAACACGGCCGCCAUUCUUGCGGCUGCAUUUGCCACCCAGGCGGCUGCCCACACCUACGUUAAGGAGUUCGAGGCCGGAGGCAAGACCUACGCCGGGUUCUACGCCGCUGACAAGAGCGGGGGUGACGACUCUUCGCCUGCUUGGAGGACCGACCAGGGAUGGGGCUUCCAGCCCGUCAUGGGUGACCAGAUCAACGACCCCAAUAUCAUUGCCCACAUGAACGCUGAGCCUUCGCCUUUCACUGCCCCCGUCGACGCUGGCAGCGACGUCAAGUUCACCUGGCAGCACGAUGGAUCGUGCGGCGGCGACGAGGUUGGCUGGGACUGCUCCCACCACGGCUGGACUGCCACCUGGCUCGCCCCCUGCAACGGCGACUGCAAGGACGUCCAGAAGGAGAACCUCAGCUUCUUCAAGAUCCACCAGGCCGGUCUGAUCGACUACCCAGCCGGCACACGCUACGCCGAGGGCGGCGACAAGGAGAACACGGGCUACUGGGGCACCGACGCCAUCUUCUACGACAACGCCAACAGCCAGACCGUUACCAUCCCCAAGGACCUCCCCAGCGGCAACUACGUCCUUCGCACGGAGGUCGCUUCCGUCCACAACAACGGCGACGUCUCCCAGCGCCAGUUCUGGCCCCAGGCCCUCAACAUCGCUAUCCAGAACGGCAAUGACAACGCGCAGGUGCCCGCUGGUAUCAAGGCUACGGAGAUCUACUCGUCGACAGACAAGCAGCUCACCUUCGACCUCUACCAGCACGAAGCCGGCGAGACCUUCGACGCGCCCGGCCCCGCCGUUGUGUCUAUUGCCGGUGGAAGCGCGUCCGCAUCCAGCGCUGACUCUGGCUCUUCUCCCUCCGCUGCCGCCGAGGCAGAGGUUGCUUCUUCGACCGCUGCUGCGGCGGUGCCUGUUGCGUCGUCGUACGCCGCGCAGCCCACUCCUGGGGCUAAGGACAGCAUCCCUUCGUCUGGCGCCAACGCCCCUGUCGUGUCUGCUACUGCUACUGGUACGCAGCCUGCCUACGUUAUCGCUACCGCGCCCGCGGGCUACAACUCCACCGUCCCCGCUGCACCUGAGGCGACUCCUGCUCCUGAAGAGGGUGAGGGAUACCAGACGGGCGACAACGAGGAGGACGAUGACGAGGAGGGGGAUGAUGAGGAGGGCGAUGAUGAGCAGGAGGGCGAUGAUGAGGAGGAUGGCGAGGACUACUCCGAAGAGGGGGACGACGAGGAGGGCGAGGAUUACUCUGAAGAGGGCGAUGACGAGGAGGGCUCCAACGGCGAGCCUGAGGCUACCACGGGCGGAUACCACGGCUGGGGCGAGGGCAAGGAGCACUGGCGCAGCCACGCACGUGAGUUCGUUGCUCGAGCUAUGGGUUUGUAA